UGUUUACGUCACUUACGGAAAGUAUCGGAAAUUAGGCGCCAUUUUAUUCAUGUACAGUGCAGAAUGUAAACAACAUUAAGAUCAUCUUUUUUAAACAAAAAUAAAUCGUCAUGUCAUCACAGAGGCUUUCCAGUUUAAAUAUAUCAUUGAAAAAUGGCACGGGACACAGAAAAAUGGUUUAAAUGGCUAUUACACAGAUUGACAACAAAAACAAAAAUCAAUAAAUGGCGAAAAGGUUUUACAGUAUAAUCAUGGAAGAAGAAUUUAUUUUACAAUGCAAGCAUGAUGACAACUCCUGGAAGUGUCCUGUCAUGACUUGUGGCAAAAUUUUGAGCAGGAAACAAACUCUUAAAAGCCAUAUUGUAAAUCAGCAUAAUGUUGAAGCUGGUAAACCAGUCAAAAGGUACAAGCUGUAUGAAAGCCAAUUACAAGCAGAAACUUCUGAUAUUCCAAGGGCAACUCUGUGGAGACAUAAAAAAAGAAAGAAAAAUAUGAUAUCCACAACUGACCAUCAGGUGGAACAAGUAAUGGACACUGGCCACACUUUAAGUGAUUUCACAGCAGAAAUUCUAACAACUCAAUCAGAUAAAGUUUUUGAACAUGAUAUGGAAAAUGAUAUGGAAAUGGUUUAUGACUCAACAGAUGAAAUACUUUUUGACUCAAAUGGUGAAAAUACUGAAUAUCUGAUAUCCGACUCAGAUACAUGUAUCUCAGACUCUGAAAGUUUAUCAACAGAACAGGAAAGUGAGUUGCCAGAAAUAGAACCUGAAAUUUUUAAACACAAAAAUGAAGAACCUCCUUUAUAUGUGCUGUCAUUAAAUGAGACUGUUUAUAGAAGCAAAAUAAAUCUAUCAGAACAUUCUUUGGCUGUCAGUGCUUUUGCUACUAGACAUAAUUUGUCUGAUGUUGCAAUAAGUGAUAUGCUUCAACUUAUCCAGCUGCAUUUACCUGAUAAUAACAUAGCUGAAACAAGCACAAGAAAACUAAAAGAAUCUUGCGGGUUUGACUCCAGUUACUUAAUGCAUCAUCUCUAUUGUGAGGGUUGUAAGAAGUUAUUUGAUACUCAACUUGAGCAGUGCAUUACACCAGGAUGCCAAGGCACAAAGACCAAUGCUCAAUGUACUAAGUACUUUGUUUCUGGAAAGAUUGAAAUACAGUUAAAAGAAAUUCUUCAAAGGGAUGGUGUUUGGACAUCAAUUGAAGAAUCACGCAGUUGCAUAACUGAAAAUAUUUCGGAUAUAAAAGGUGGUUUAAAGUACAAGAAGUUACAAGAACCUGGAGGAUUUUUACACAACACUAACAACAUAACACUGUCACUUUUCAUAGAUGGGAUUCCACUCUUUAAAAGUUCUUCUGUUUCACUAUGGCCAGUUUACCUCUUAGUCAAUGAGAUUCCACCAAAAGAGCGCUUUAGUAGAAAAAACAUGAUUUUGUGGGGCAUCUGGCAGGGAGUUGGAAAACCAAAAAUGAACAUGUUUCUUCGGCCUCUUGUUUUUGAUUUGGUUGACUUGUAUGAGAAUGGCAUAACCUUUUCCUUUGAUCAGAUGGAGUCUGAGGUGACUAUUAAAGCUAUGCUUAUCAUAGCAACAAUGGACCUUCAAGCUAGAUCCUAUGUUUUGAUGAUCACCAUGCACAAUGGAGAAUAUGGAUGUCUAUACUGCAAAGAAAAAGGUAAAACUGUCCCUAGUGGAAAGGGUCACUGUCGAGCUUACCUUAGUCAGGAGCAGAGUGCUGCUGCUCGUUCGGAUGAAGAUCUCAAAAAUAGUUCUACAACUGCAAGAUUGAAUGGAAAGAAAACUGAUGGAAUGCUUGGACAGAGUGUUUUAUGGUUCUUGCCAUACUUUUCCUUCACAGAGAAUGUUGUUAUAGACUACAUGCACGGCACUUUGCUUGGUGUUACAAAGAAAAUGCUAGAGCUCUGGUUUGACAAAGCACACGCAACAGAACCAUACAACAUUACAGGGAAAAUGUCCGAUAUAGAUAAAGAUCUCAGAUACAUCAAACCUCUAUACAUAGUACACAGGUUACCUCGAAUUCUGACAGGGACUUACCAAAACUGGAAGGCAUCAGAGCUUAGGAAUUGGUUACUAUUUUAUGCACUACCAUGCUUGAAAGAGAAGUUACCAGAUAUUUAUUUGACACAUUUUAGCUGCCUUGCAGAAGCUGUCUAUAUCCUUCUUCAAGAAGGUAUAACCCAUGAUGAACUGAAAAGGGCUGAAAUUCUCUUGCAUACCUAUGUGGCUAAUGUUCAACGACUGUAUGGUGAGCGGUUCAUGAGUUUGAAUGUACACAAUCUCACACACAUGGCUAACUGUGUUAAACUAUGGGGACCUCUAUGGGCAUGGUCUUGCUUUUGUUUCGAGUCCUUUAAUGGUGAGAUAAAAAAGUCAAUUCAUGGCACUGGUAAUGUAUGUAAGCAGAUAUUUUGGACUCUACAAUCGCAAAAACGAAUUGCAGCUAAAGCCAAACAGUUGCAACCUGAAAAUAAAGUGCGAAACUUUAUGGAAAAUGCUUUGGAAAGCAAAUCUGAAAGGUUCUCAAAGAAUUCAGAAGCAUUUCAGUGUUCUGUUAUAAAACUUACACCUGUGACUGAUAUAUUUUCUGAUGAAAUAAAAGAACAACUAUUACAGCAAACUGGUGUGAAUUGUGUAGAAAAAGACGACUUUAUCUCUGUAGCAAAAAUAGCACGUAACGGAUACUUGAUGUACAGUAAAUCUUGUUCUAAAGUGAAGAAACAGAAUUCCUACACUAUCCGCUUAAACAAAGCAUUAAGUACAAAUGAUGCAGCCAUUGCUGUUGAAGUACUAAAAUACCUGAUGGAAAACCAGUCCAGAAGAGUCUUUGCUAUUGGGAGAUUAGUUGUUUCUAGUGGAUCUAUUCUACCAAGAAGAGUUAGUUACUUGCAAAAGAUCAGUUAUAUUGGGGAGGAUUACAACACAGUUGUUCCAGUAGAAUACUUGGGACAACCAAUGAUGGUGGUCAAUACUAGAAAGGAAGUGUUUGCUGCUUUGCUGCCAAAUAAUAUUGAAAGGGACUAAAGAAUACGAAAUAGUGACUGUUCUAUAACAGGGAAAAGCGUUUUUUGUGUUUUUUAAGAAUAAAUGUUAAAUAAUACUUGCUGAGUGGAAGACGGAAGAUGGGAAAAUUUGUAUAUUAUUAAAUACUUUCCAUGGCAGCUAAACUAUUUUCACAAAGAUAACUUAAAAAAAACAAAAAACAGAAACAAACAAACCUAAACAAGUCUACAAGUAGUGAGUAGAUUAUCUUUUUAAAUAAUUGAAAUGGUAUGUAAAAGGGUGCAGUUUAUUUUUCUAUAUUAUCAUUUAACUGAAGUUUGAAAUUUAAAAAAAAAAUAAAAUAAAAAAAAUCUACUUGAUCUUACUAUAUUUGAUUUCUCCUUUUCAUGCUGAAUAAUUUGAUACCCAAUAUGAAUAUAUAAUUUUUUGAAGAAUGGCAGUUAUGAUUUUUUUAAACAUUUUUCAUGUUUUUGCACUUAGAUUUUUUUUGCUAUCCAUCCAAUCACUUUUGAUAAAAAAUCUCUAAGUAUUAGCAAUGAUGUUGACCAUGGACAAUGUCCACAUUAGACAUAGUUUUUUUGUACUAUGUCCAUGAACAUUUUUAUAAUCCCUGGACGCUGUCCAUGUUAUCCAUGGACAUCGUCCAUGUUAUCCAUGUUGUUAGUAUGGACACUGUCCAUUCACUUGACUUUUCCAUGUUUUUCCAUGCUCUUUCCAUGGAUAUCCAUGGAUAUCCAUGGUCAUUUUAAGGCUGUCCAUGGACAUUCUGUAGCC